CUGGCGGCGGCAGCGACGGCGGGGAUCUGGGCGGCCGCGGUCGGGGCCUAGUUAGGUAGCGAGAGCCGGGUCGGAGCAAAGCAGGAGUCGGAGCCGAAACCAGGGCCAGGGCCGGGCCGCAGCAGGCGGAGCGGAGCCGGAGCAGCGCUGUGGUCGAGCCGCCCCUGAUGUCCAGCCAUGGAUGACGACAGCCAGGACGAGCUCAUCAACAGGAACGCUGCGGCCCGAGGAGGCCGGGCCCAGGGCCGGGUGGUCAGCGAGGCGGAUGACAGCAGCGACGUGGGGCCCAGCGGAGACUCUGGGGAAGACACGGGCAGCGAGGGGGACGGAGAAGAGGAAGGAGAAGAAGGCUCGGACUGGGACAGCUCUGACCAGGACGACUCUGCCGACGAGCAGGAGAUGGAGGUGUCUUUGGAAGCCGCCCUGGAGCCCCCCAAAGGACAGUCGGGCGGUCCAGCCGGGGGCAAUGUCAGCUCCGACGAGGAUGCGGAGAGCUGCCCUAUCUGCCUCAACGUGUUCAGGAACCAGGUGGUGGGCACCCCGGAGAACUGCACCCACUACUUCUGUCUGGACUGCAUAGUGGAGUGGUCGAAGAAUGCAAAUUCCUGUCCCGUGGAUCGUAUUCUGUUCAAGUGGAUUUGCAUCCGGGCGAGAUUUGGUGGCAAGGUCUUGAAAAAGAUUCCCGUGGAGAGUCAGAAAGCCCUUCGGGCUGAGGAGGAUGAGGAAGACCCCACCUUUUGUGAAGUGUGUGGCCGAAGUGACCGUGAGGAUCGGCUGCUGCUCUGUGACGGCUGCGACGCCGGCUACCACAUGGAGUGUUUGAACCCCUCCCUGAGCGAGGUGCCUGUAGACGAGUGGUUUUGUCCCGAAUGUGUUGCCACGGCUGCCCCAGCGCUGCCCCGUGCUGCUGCCACCGAUGUGGAGCCUGUGAGUGAGGAGGAGGUGGCCUUGCUUUUGGUCGACGUGGUCCCCACCACCAGCCGACUGCGGCCCAAUGCAGGCCGGACUCGGGUUAUUGCCAGGACUCGCCAAAGUGAGAGGGUGAGAGCCACUGUGAACCGAAACCGGAUCUCCACUGCCCAGAGGAUUCAGCGGGUGCCCAGUUACCUCAUGUCAUCCCUCCUGGAUGAGACCAUCGAGGCUGUGGCCUCUGGCCUUAGCACUGCUGUGUACCAUCGGCCUUUGUCUCCUCGGACCCCAGUCAGACGGAAGAGGAAAACAGGGAGAAGGAAGAAAGUGUCUGGAAGAAAGAGAGCACCAUCCAAAUCCUCAGCGCAAAGCAAGACUUCAGGGACGCGACCCAAGAGACGCAAGUCCCGAGGGAAGAAAAGGAAAGGGCAGAGGAGUCGGGUGAAAACCGAAAUCACCGCUCGUUCUCGAAUCGCCAGGACACUGGGCCUCGGGAAACCCCUUCGAGGCGCCUCCAUCCCUUCUGUGUACAAGCCAGUCGAGCCCUCCCUGGGCUUCCUGCGAGCAGACAUCGGAGCAGCUUCCUUGUCUCUCUUUGGAGAUCCUUACGAGCUGGACCCCUAUGACAGUACUGAAGAGCUCCCAGCAAACCAGGCAUCUCCUCUGAGCACCAAGAGGCGGAUUCUUUCUGAGUCGGCCCUCAGAUCUCACCAACCUGUGGCUAGACCCAUUUCUAUGGGACUUUCCAGGAGGAGUGUUCCUGUUUCGGUCCCUGAGCAAGAUGUGGAGGAGGCUCCUGUCCCAGACCUCUUGGGGAGCAUCCUGUCUGGGCAGAAUCUCUUAAUGAUGAGCGGCUCUGAUGUGGUCAUCAAUCGAGAUGGUUCCCUCACAGCCCGGAAGGCAGCCCCGAUUUCCUUGCAGAGAAGCUCAACUGCUAAGUCCCAGGAAGAUAGAGAGGGCAGGAGCAGGGGUAGUGUUCAGCCCAGGACCUUGCAGUCAGGGACCUCAGCCACCCGCCUCAGUGCCGAUGUUUCUGAGCAUUUGGGCUUGAACUCGUAUGGGGGGGCUGCCACCAGCAUACUCUCUACUUCUUCCUCUUCCUGCCUCGGGGGAUUGGAGAAGUCUGUGAGCCCUUCCUCAAGUGUGCCCAGAAGGGCAGCUGUGAACUUAGAAUAUCCAAUGACCCCUCGCCCAGUUCAGACACAGAACUUGGCAAGUAGGAACAAACUGGGUUUAAAACCAAAUGUGACACCUCAGCUUGAUGGAGACAACAAGCGUCCUGUGUCAGUGACGUCUGAGUCCCCUAAGGUUUUGAAAAGGACAGUGAUGGGACAGCCCCUCCCACCAGCUCCUAGGAGAAUCGACAUCUCAGAGCUUCCCAGAAUACCAAAGAUGAAGAGAGAAGGUAGAGGUGGCAGCGACGGCCACGUGGACUCCAAGCCCACCGGUGGCAAGGGCGCAGACAUCCCCAGCUCCUGCAUCAACCGGCUCACUGGCCGGGAAGGCGGUGGCCAGCCUGCCCGAGGGGGUCGCGUCGAGAACAAGCCCAGUGGCCGCGAUUCCCAGGAGCCCAAGACGCACUCGGGCGGCGGCGCCAGCGGCCCAGGCUCCCACAGUAGCCUCGCUCCGUUUGGACCAUCCCGAGGCAAAGGCCUGGGUUCUUCCUUUGAAAGCUUCAGAAUUAACAUCCCAGGGAACACGGCGCACGCCAGCAGGCUCCCGAACCCCGGCUUCUGUAACACCUUCCGGCCAGUCGACAGUAAGGUCCAGCGCAAGGAGAACCCUUCGCCCCUCUUCUCAAUCAAGAAAGCCAAGCAAAUCAAAAGCGAGAUUUAUGACCCCUUUGACCCCACAGGGUCAGAUUCGAGCUCCCCCAGCAGCAGCCCUGAGAGGCUUGGGGCAGGGCUCCUGCCCUCUGAGAUCACCCGCACCAUCUCCGUGGACAGUCCAAAGGUCCCGGCCUUCCAGACUGUCCGCUGCGUGACCUCAUACACAGUAGAGAAUGUCUUUGGGUCAGGCUCGGACCCAUCUGACGGGCCGUCCUCCAGCCACCCUGAGCGGAUCUCCAUGGGCACAUCUGACCUGGAGAAGAUGGAGGAGGAGGAGCCCGGAAACAGCCCCUGCGCCUCCACCGCCGUGCGGCGGCGACUGUCGGAGCGGGAGCCUUUGGAGGCGGAUGGCCGUGAGCGGCGCAGCACCUUCUUUGACUCAGAGGAGCGGACCGUGACAUGCGUGACCAUUGAGCCGGUCUCGCCCUCGGAGGAGGAGGAGGAGGAGGAGGAGGAAGACCAACCUCUAGCCACCACCCACAGGAUUGUUGAGAUUCAUUCCCCUUCUCGGUCGCGCUCCAACUCCAGCUCACGCAGCCGCAAGAAAGCCAAGCGGAAAAAAACAUCCGCCAAGGAGCACAAGAAGACUCGGUCCCGCUCUCAUUCGCAUUCUCACUCGCGGGAGAGAAGCUCGCGGUCCACAUCCUGGUCAGUUGAGGAGGACUACGCCAAAAAGCACCGGUUCAAGGCCAAGCCACGGAGGUCAUCCAGCGACCGCUCCAGUAGCCACGACAGAGCCAAGAAGAAGAGAGCCAAGGACAAGAGCAAGGAGAAGAGGAAGGGCCCGUGGUCCCGGGACCGCCGAAAGUCCCGGUCACGCUCGGGGAGCCCUGGCAGUUCUUCUUACGAGGUCUGCGAGAGCCGCAAAAAGAGGAGGAGGAGGUCGAGCUCCCGCGGCCGGGGCCGAGAGGGCUCACGGUCCAGCAGCACUGAGAGAGCCCGGAGGCACAAGCAUCGGAGACAGAAGAGCUUUGAGCGCUAUGAGAAAAAGGAGAGGAGCUCCCGGCCCCGAGACAGGAGAAGCUCCCGCUCACGAUCGAGGGAGAGGAGAAAAUGGAGGUCGCGCUCUCCUUCGGCCUCCAGAUCCAGAGAGCACAAAAGAGCCAGGUCCAGGGAGAAGCGUCCCCGCUCUCGUUCCCGAUCCAGGGACAGGAAACAGCCUGGGAAAGACAUGUCUCCACCGCCUGUACAGGAGAAGGAGGCCAAGGUGGCUGAGGAGAGCUCCCCGCCCAAACUGCCAGUCCUAGGCCAGGUCGAUGGGCCACAGGCCCCCCCGGCUGCUGAAGAGACGAUACCUGAAGCCCCAGCCCAGCCCGAGGUGCCUGAGGAGGUUGCUGCUGAUGACCUCGACUAUGGAGAGACUGUGGAGGCAGAGCACGUCUUUGACGACUUCUCCAGCGAUGCCGUCUUCAUUCAGCUUGAUGAUAUGAGCUCCCCCCCAUCCCCAGAAAGCACAGACUCCUCCCCAGAAAGGGGCCUCCUGCUUCCCCCGGCUCUGCCAGUGGCCAGUGGCCAGUGCAGUCUGAGCUUCGGGCCAGGCACUGCUGCCAAAGGUGAGCCCCCCCCAGAGCCUCCAGUGCCCUCAGAGGGCCCAGGGGAGGCUGCUCCAGAGAACCAGGUUGGAGAGAUGAUGAUGGUGGAAGAAGAAGAGGGCCCUGUGGUCAGCGAAGAGGUCAGUGAGGCUGAGAUGGAAGUCACUUCUCAAAUCCCCUUGCUGAAAUCUAAAGCUUUGGUGAAGAGGGUGACUUGGAACCUCCAGGAGGAAGAGGACAGCGCAGUGGGCCCAGAGCCCGAGCCAAGGGCACCAUUCUACAAGCUGCCAAGAUCCCUGGAAGGGGCCUGGAAAGCUGAGGAUUCGAACCCCAGCCUAAAUCAGGUGCAGUCCCGUGAGCCUCCUCCCACCAAUUACAUGGUCGCUGAGCCCAUGUUUCCUGACCUAGAUUGCUCUCAGGUUUACAGUCCCAACAUGCCUCUGACCCCGACUCUGCCCCCAAGCGUGCCGCCUUAUGCCCCGGUCAGCCAGCCCACCGUGCAGUUUAUCAUGCAGGGCAGCCUGCCCCUCGCGGGCUGCGGGGCAGGACAGAGCCUGACCCCGGAGCCAGCCACACUGGCCGCAGCCUCUGAGCCAGGCAGCCAGGCACUGGCCACAGGCGACUCGGACGAGAAGACACCCAAGCCAGCGGCCGAGAAGACAAAAAACGAAGAGUACAUGAAGAAGUUGCACGUGCAGGAGCGGGCCGUGGAGGAGGUGAAGCUGGCCAUCAAACCUUUCUACCAGAAGCGCGAGAUCACCAAGGACGAAUACAAGGAUAUUCUUCGCAAAGCUGUGCAAAAGAUAUGUCACAGCAAAAGCGGGGAGAUCAACCCCAUGAAGGUGGCGAACCUAGUCAAGGCCUACGUGGAGAAAUACAAACAUAUGAGGAAACACAAGAAGAUGGCAGAGCCUGAAGAGGAGCCCCACGAAGCGGAGAGCUGAGGCUGCCACAGCACUCAGGCACCACCCUGCCCCAAGCGCGGCGGGCACAUGCAGUGACCAACAUUAAACUCUGGGCUCAUGAAAGCACCGCCGUCUGCAGGGUUUCCUUUGGUCUGGGCCCCUGUCUUGGUCUCAGUGUCAAAGGGGACAGCUUUUUUUUAAUAUAUAUAUACAUAUAUAUAUAUAUAUAUAUAUAUAUAUACAGUAACUAUAUAUUCUAUAGACACUCUGUUUUCAUUGUGUUCUAAUUUAUCAAAACAUGGAUUGUCUUUAGAAACCUGAA